AUGUCACAGCCAGCAAUCUCCGUCGACCCGGCGUUCUCGCUCGUCCACUCAAACGGUCACGACAGAAACAUCCGUUACGAAUUCCGAACAUGGGUGCCAGUGCCAUGCAAUGCCUUCGUUGAUUCAGUAGCACAAGUAUUCUUACCGUUAACCCCAGUCUCCGCCGUUAAUUUCUGCGUCAAGUUAGUCAUCCACAAAGUUCAACGAGUGCUCAACUCACAGGGCAAUUGGGUAGACAGAGACUCCAUAAUUAUACGUGACCACGUAAUAUGGGUACGACCUAAUACCUUAUCAUCCCAAAACUCAGCUUCAGAAUGGCUAAAUUAUUUAAUAUUUCGCACUAUUUCAAAUAUACCGACUGAUCAGAGCCAUGCAGCGUCUCAUCUUCACCAUUUUGCUCUCUCGUCGUCUUUGCCGAGAUUUGUGUGCGUCAGAGAUAACGAAUACUUCGUAGCCAGUCCUUUUGUGCUCGACAUUACGGUUGUGAGCUACGGUGAAGCUCCGGCGAAUAUUGUUGCUGGUGUUCCGACGGAGACGGCGGUUAUGCGGCCGGCGAGGAAGGAUUUUAUUUUAGGUUUGAAGGGGGAGAGAUUUAGGGGCGAGAGGAGCAGUAGUGAGCAGUGUAUUAUCUGCUAUGAAACGUUUCGUGUUGGGUAUAGUGUGACUCGCUUGCCGUGCUCUCAUGUGUUUCAUGGACGUUGUAUUAAGAAGUGGCUCCGGAGAAGCCAUUUAUGUCCUUUGUGCCGUUUUCAAAUGCCGAAUUAA